CUGGUGGCUAUUAUUAUCUUUAACCCUGUUUAACAGGUUAGCUGGCAUGACUGGUUCAUACUUGCUAUGCAGAACUGAGUAGUGUGAACUCUCAUUAUAUUAAUGGCUGAUGCAGUCUGCUAAUUAUUCAUGAGUUCUGGAUUGUGAUUAGGGUCAGAAAGUGUUGAUUAGUUCUUUAUAACAGCAGCUCUGACUGUAGCACAGGUUUAUAUUAAUGUGCUUGUUCUGAUACGUUAUGGUUUCUAUAGUAACAGCUCGUUCACAGGGACGUGUUCAGCGCACGCUCCACAUAAACUGAUUAAUUAAUGUGUUAUUGUUGAUAUGUUGAUAUUUUCUGUGAAAUUUUCUGUGUUUUUAAAAUUUUUAUGGAAGGAGUCUCUAGUGUCAAAUGGAGAAAUCUAUCUAGGUGUGUAUAGGGUUAAUAAAAAUUAGCAUAGUACAGUUUCCUUUAACACGGAGAAAUACCAGUGCUGUGAUGGGGUGGAAGCUGUGUGUUGGAAGAGUGAAAACACCCAUACGUGUAGAGGUGUGACAUGCCCGGUGUAAAGUCCCCACCUAACAUCAGUGUGCUGACUCGCCUCACAGCACAGUAGAGAAUGUUCCAGAUGGCUUUCAGACUCCACACUGUUCCAGAACGAGCCGAAGAUCAACAAACAGCAGCAGUAGGAACACACACCACGAACGCAGCUGCAAGAUUCUAUCCUGACCUAACAUCUGUACACAAUGGCCAGUGAAGAUCCUGAAAAAAACGCAGCACUACAGGCCUCAGGAGAGUCCACUUUAAAAAAAGCAACCAAAAAAGCACGAAAGCAAAUCGACCAGUUAUUUAAUAUCUCACUUCACAUCGCUGUAACUGGAGAAUCAGGCACAGGAAAGUCAUCUUUUAUCAACGCAAUCAGAGAGCUGGACAAUGAUGAAGAAGGUGCAGCUAAAACUGGAGUUACUGAAACCACAACAGAACCAACACCUUACGAACAUCCCACAAUGCCCAACGUGAUGCUUUGGGACCUACCUGGAAUUGGAACUCCAAAGUUUAAGGCUCGGAAAUACCUUAAACAAAUGCAGUUCAACAGGUACGACUUCUUCAUCAUCGUCUCAUCCGAGAGAUUCAAAGAGAAUGACAUCAUGUUGGCCCAAGAGAUCAGAAAAAGAAAAAAGCUCUUUUAUUUUGUGAGAUCUAAGAUAGACAAUGAUAUUCGAGCAGAAGAAACAAAAAAGAGCUUUAACAAGGAAGAAACACUCUCACGAAUCAGAAGAAACUGCCUGGAAAACUUGAAGCAAAUUGAAAAUCCAAAUGUUUUCCUUAUUUCCUCAGAGGAUAUUAAAGCGUUUGAUUUUGAAAAGCUCAUUGAAACUCUGAUGUCAGAUCUCCCACAACAUAAACAGUCUGCUCUGCUGCAGUCAGUGCCCAUCACCUCCGUGGCUAUGCUAAAGAAAAAGGUGAAAAUGUUUGAGAAAGCAGCAUGGGCUGCAGCCCUUUGCUCAGGUGUCAUUGCAGCAGCUCCAGUACCUGGUCUCUCAGUGGCAUGUGAUGCGAGUAUUUUAGUGGCUUUCUUUACAAGGUGCUACUACUCCUUUGGCCUUGAUGAUAAAUCACUUAAAAAACUCUCAGAACGAAUUAAUAAACCACAGUUGGAAUCUUUCAUAAAAUCACCUCUUGUAUUGGCUUUGACGACAAAAUCCACCGCAAGACUGUCGCUGUCUGCUUUAGCCGGAGGAGCAGCGCUGGAAUAUCUAUGCAGCUUGGUGCCUGGUGUAGGAAGUGCUGCAGCAGCGGGGAUAUCUUUUGUUUGUACAUUAAUGCUUUUGAAGAAUGGCGUGAAAGAGCUUGAAAAUGCAGCACUGAUGGUGCUGAAAGAGGCGGGGUUACAGUGACAAUGGAGCGCUGACAUUGAAGUGAAAAACGAAGUAAUAAAAAAAUGCAAUGAUCGUGUUUCAAAUUGAAUCAGAAGCAGAACGUUUGGCUCACAAACUAAACCCUUUUUGUGUUUUUUGUAAAAAGCUAUAUGACAAUACUUGGUUAUAAUCACUGAAGAAUCUAUCAAGAGUUUUAUUUAGGACAUUAGCUAAAAUAUUCUCAAUGUAUUAUUAUGGAUUAGCACUAUGUGCUAUUCAGCUAAACGAACACAUUCAAAUAGUGUAACUCUAGAACAGUGGUCACCAACCCUGCUCCUGGAGAUCUACCUUCCUGAGGUUUCAUGUCCAAACUGAAUCUAACACACCUGUUUUAACUGAUCAGGAACUUCUUAAGGCGAUGAUUAGCCGGUCACGUGGGCACCAUUAUGGUUGGAGCUAAAGUAGAUCUCCAGGACCAGGGUUGGUGACCACUGAUCUAGAAGGUCCUGAUGACUGGGUGUCUUGUCAGUAAAUGUAAAUGAUGUUAAGUGGUGCUCAAGCCUGCAGUAACCAGACACAUGUAUGCAUCUCAUCUCAACUCUGUUUGUACUAGAGAGAAAUCGAAGGCAUACAAGACUCUUGAUGCUUGUGGGCAUGUUCAAGACAUA